GGGCCUGGAAUUCUUGAAGACCUCUUGAACCUUGACAAUUAUUUUUGAAACAAGCCUCCCAAGCCAAGAAAAUGACCUACUACUACUAUGGCAGAAGAAGCAACUCAAUCUUUGAUGCUUUCACACUCAAUCCUCUGCCAUACCCAGUUCUUCUAAUCUUAGCAGUCAUAUCAAUCUUUCUUGGCAUAUCAUGGUACUUCAGCUAUGAAGAAAUUGCAGAGACUGCAGAGAUGCAAAUGAAUUGGUUGCUUUUGGCCACACCUUUAGCGUUGCUCCUUCUCGUCCGUUGGUUGUCAUCUAUGGAAAAUCCUGACAUGUUAUUUGCUAAAACACCGUGGGGCUGGAAACGGCGGACCUACCACCGUCCAUCGGAGGGAAGCUCGCCGUGGGGUGUGGCUGCUUUGAUUGUGUUGCUGCUUGUUUUGGUGCAAUUCCAGUCUGCUUUUCUUGAUAGCUGGUUUUAACACUAUAUAUGCUCAAGAUACUGCCGAUAUCUGAUUUCAAGAACUUGGAUUUUGGGUUUUGUGUUCAUAAGAUAGACAAAUUAAAUAUAGAGUUAUAAGUGACUGGUUAUAUAGCAGAGGAUAUAGAGAGGUGGUUUUGGUGGUUGUUGCAUAUAUAUAUAAUAGAGGAUGAUGCAUUAAGUUGUAUGAUUAAUCGGGGUUUGCUGCCUUGUUUGAUAUAGUUCUGUGAGAUCUUAACGAAGGCACCUUUAAUUUGUA